AUGUUCAUUGCAAUUAUCGGAACCCGAUCUGCCGGGAAAUCCACCGUGCAAGACUACCUAAUCGACCGAAAGGGUUUUCAAGCCGUUCGACUGCACAAGGGGGAACAGUCGCUAUACUUUUCGACGUCUUCCGAUAUGCUGGAGCAUGCCACCAGAAACUGGCGCAUGAAUUUCGUCACAAUCGAUCUAGACACACAAGAAUCACUGGAGCAGUUUGUCAGGCGGCCCUUCAUUAUGGUUGUUAAUGUAGACGCGCCAAUAUUACUUCGCUUUGAGCGAGCACUAAGGCUUGCAAAACUGCACAUCGUCAAUGCAUUUGACACCAUACCGGCUCUUCAUUCCCAUCUGGAUAACUUAAACCUUCUGGAUCAAGGUCGCCUACGACCAGGCUGGGAUGCAUACUUCAUGCAACUCGCCGAGCUGGCAUCGGAGCGAUCAAAUUGUAUGAAACGGCGCGUAGGAGCCAUCUUGGUGCGAAACAAGCGAAUUCUAGCAACAGGGUAUAACGGCACUCCCCGCGGCCUCACAAAUUGUAACGAAGGCGGUUGUACGAGGUGUAACAGCGGGAAGGAAGCAUCCGAUGAAUGUGUAUGUUUACAUGCGGAGGAGAAUGCACUCCUUGAAGCUGGCCGAGAACGCGUCGGGGACGGUGCCGUUCUUUAUUGCAACACUUGCCCAUGUCUUAAAUGUACGAUCAAGAUCAUUCAGACCGGCGUGAAGGAAGUUGUGUACAACCUCAGCUACAAAGUAGAUGACUCAUCAGCAGCUUUGUUCAGCGAGGCUGGCGUGGUUCUGAGGAGACAUUCAAUGCCAAAAUAA